AUGAACCCAACGCUCGGCCUGUUGCGCCAGCUCGCGCAGAAGCCAACUCCGCUUCCAACCCCUAGCGGCGAGGCGUUUGCGCUCGUCCGCCGCAUGCUCCAGGAGCGCCCGCGGCACUUUCGCGAGAUCCUCGCAGACGGAAUCGCGACCUCGACCCCAGAGGGCGAGGAGAAGCCCGUCGCGUACAAGAUGAAGAAGGUCAAGGGCAAGGGCAAGGAUGAGGUCGAGCCGGUCGCCGUCCCGGAGGGGCAUCCGUUCUUGUCGGCAGGAUACCUCAAGAAUCGCAUCAUCCCCGUGCUCGAGUCGCAGAGGUUGGUCCGUAAGGCGUGGCUCGACGCGACUCCUGGCACUUCGCUCGCCAGGAUGUCGCACCACCAGCGCAAGCACGCGAUGUGGGUGAUCCAGGAGGAGGGCAAGCUUGCUGCGCGGUGGGAAGCCAUCACCGACCCCGCGCUGGACCAGGCAGGGCUGAGGCGGCUCGGCGGACAGGAGCGCCUUUCUCGCGAGGCGGCUGCGCGGAGCCGCCGCGAGACCGCGUUCACCACUGGUCGUGAGGAGCGUACCGAGCGCGACAUUAUGGCCUGGGCUGACCGGCCGGCGGGCUUUACGACCAACUUGGAGCGCAAGCACCUGAACACUCGGCGGAAUCGCGCGCGGCCAGUCAAGGAGGCGCGGGUUGCCGAGCGGGCUGCGAUGCGUGCCGAGGUCGCCACGGCCGUCCAGGCGGACCUCAAAGUGCAGGGCAAGAUUGCGAACCGCGCCGCGCGGGUCGCCGCCGCUGCCAUCGAGCGACGCGAGGCAGUGAAUGAGGAGGCGGCGGUCCAGGUCAAGGACCGCAAGACCUUGCAGGCUGAGAAGGAGGCGAAGCAGCAGCGGGCCGCACGUCGCCGCAAGGAGCAGCGGGCUACGGCGCUCAAGGCCAACCGCCAGGCGGCCAAGAAGGCGGAGGUUGGGGACAAGGUUCAGGCAUAG